AUGGCCGUAAGGGUGCCUGCGGAGUCUGGUGAAUUUUUCUCCAAAGACAAUAUCUUUUCAUUAAAACCAGUACCUUGGUUCAGACCUUCUGCUCAUAUUACACAUGUAGUCGUCUGCAGUAAUAUUAUAUUUGCAGCAACUACAUCUAAUCGACUUAUCAUUGCUGGAGUUCUUGACAGAAGUUAUUUUGCUGAAGUGGGAAUUCCUUCAACCUCCGAUGAUCGUGUUCACAAUCUCUUUGUUGAUUAUCGCGGAUUUCACAUUAUCAUUAGUAUGCAGUCCGGAGUUAAUUUUUACACAACACGGAAAUCUAAAAAGUUUAAGCAGAUCCAAAAAGCAAAGGAUAUUUUAAUCGAUUCCGUCGCUUGGAACCAGUACCAUGAAAGCGACACCACAACUCAAGAAAUACUCAUUGGUACAAAUGAUGGAAUAAUCUUUGAAACUAUGCUCUCUACUUAUGAUGAGAUUUUAUCUUCCUCCAGUGGAACUGUUAUAUGGAAAGAAAUGAUCCGACUUGAUAGCAGUAUUACUGGAUUGGCAGUCAUUCGAUACCCUCCUGGUUCAUCUUUUGUGCCAGUUGGCGAACCCCAAUUGUGUGCUAUUUUUGCCUCAACGUCUGGAAGGCUCUACCAAUUCUUUGGUCGCAUUCAAUCCUCUGAUCUUGUUUCUGCUACUAAAUACAUUAAUCCUCAGUCAGCAGUUACAGCACUCCGUGAAGGCUAUAUUCCUGGCUUCUUUGCUCCUAUUUUCGCAUCUUAUGCAGAAAACCCAUCUGGGGCUAAGUGUAUUGAAUUUCCAGUUUCCUUUGGAUAUAGUGAUUUAAAAGUAUAUCAAAAGAAGAACGAUGAGGUUCCCUCUCAGUUUGCGUGGAUGACAUCUUCCGGAAUCUACUUCGGCAAGUUGGAUGCCAAACGCCUGCUUGAUCCCGAAUUGUUAUCUAACGCUGCCAAUUCAACUUCCCCAUUGCGCAUCUCCCUUGCAAAUGAGGCCAAACUCAUCAAGUAUCCCCCUAUGGACCCCGGAUCAGUCAGUCUUCCUAUUUGUAUUUCACUUUCUGAAUUCCACGUCAUUGUCUCCUAUGGGGAUCGCGUUAAGGCCAUAAAUGUGUUGGAUGAUCAGACGAUUUUUGUGCAAAGCACACGGGAUGUGUUAGGUGCGUCUCAUGCGAUGGGUGCCUGUAGAGAUCCGGCUGGAGGUGCGAUCUGGCUCUAUAGUGGAAGCGUUUUGUGCAAAUUGUGUGCGGAACAGGAGGAUUUGAGAGUUUGGAGAAUUCUACUGGAUAAACAGAAGUUUUCCGAGGCUCGAAAACACUGCAAGCUGCCUGAGCAAUUGAAUGAAGUCAAUGCACAAGAGGCGGAGCUUUGUUUCUCUCGUGGCGACUAUGCCCGAUCAGCAGAGUUAUUCGCCGAGACUUCGACUCCCUUCGAAGAGGUGGCUCUUCGUUUUAGCCAAAUAUCUCCGCUCACUGGGAAUUUUCACACCGAGGGUGGUGGAGGAAAUUUUGCCACAGGAAUAGCUCUCACUGAGGAUUAUGAAGUUGUGGAGGAAUCCGACUGUGUUCAAGCUUGUAACGACGAGGAUGAGGAAGGCGAGGGGGUCAAGAAAUCUCCUUCAAAAAAACCGUCACUAACUCCAUUAAAUCCUCUCAGUGUCAACUUCCACCUUCCCACUUCAUGCGCCCCUCUGAAAAUCUUCCUUCGAGCGAAAAAAAGGUCUCUAGAGGCAGAAGGGAAGGAUAAGCAGGUGGCGAUUAUUGUCCUCUGGUUGAUUGAACUCCUCUUGGGUGAGAUUAGUCUUUGUUCAGACAAGCAUGAAAAGGCUGAUCAGCCAGCUGCUGCGAUACAGGAGCAACUUAACAAUGUUAGAAAUGAGUUUAGAGCUUUGGUCACGUCGUGCAAAGUUUUGAGUAUGCUUCCUCAGUGCAAGGAUGUAAUCUACAACUUACUGAUUAAUCACGGCAACUCUGAUGACUUUAUAUUUUUUGCUAAAACAAAUGGAGAUCAUGUGUUUGAAUUAGUAGUACAUUAUAGUGAUAUGAAUCGUAAAUUCUUUGUGAUAGAUUACGAUCGCCUAAUUGACUACUACAUGUCGAGAGGGGAAUAUACGGAGGCUCUCUUUGUCUUCACAACACAUCCAUCCUGCGCUUCGAAGCUCUACCAAUACAGCGUUCAGCUGGCUCCCACAGAACCCAAAAUGCUGGUCGAUGCUUGGAUUCGAGCUGGUCAACGUCUUUCUUGUUCCAGGCUUCUUCCGAGUAUCCUACUCUUACCACCCCAUGAGGCUGUUCGUUAUUUGGAAUUCUCUAUUGAUCAACUCCAAUGCAAGGAACAGGCAAUCCAUCACCAACUUAUUUUCCUAUAUGCCGAUUUCACUGAUUCCACCGCAGAUACUCGUCUGCUAACUUAUUUAAAGAAGUACACUUCCUCUGAUCUCUCUGAAGUCUUUGCUGAAGCUCUAGGUGAUGUUGGAGAUAGUACUCAUGCUGUUUCAAAGACCCUCUCGUCUGCAUACUCCACUGUGGGACCAAAUUUGUCCUAUGAUCCCGGCUUCGCUAUUCGAAUUGCAAUGGAGAAGGGUUGUCUAAGGUCAACCGUGUUUUUACUUCAGUCCUUGAAACUGUUCAGUCAAGCUAUUGAUGAGACUCUAUCUAAGAAUGAUAUUGAUUUAGCUAAGGAGAUCGUUAACUCAAAUAUGCUGGAUAUUGAUACGCAGCGAGCUCUGUGGCUACGAAUAGCUCGUCAUGUUAUUACGGGUAAUAGCAGUCUGGAAGAGGCAACAGCUCUAUUAAACGAAUCUUCCUUACUCCGACUUGAGGACGUAUUUCCACUUUUCCCCGAUUUUGUCACGAUCGAUGAGUUUAGGGAAGUAAUAUGUGACUCACUAGAUGCUUACAGCGCGCAAAUAGAACAGUUGAAAGCUGAAAUGCGAGCAACAGUGGAAAGUACGAAUGAGAUUCGAACAAAACUGAGUGAAAUGAAAACUCACUAUGAAAUCAUUCCAGAGAAUGCCCGGUGUUCCUUAUGUUUACAAGCGCUAGCGCUUCGAACAUUCUAUGUGUUUCCUUGUGGUCAUUUCUUUCACACUGAUUGCCUUUUAAAUCAGAUUCGGUCGUCACUGCUACCUCAGGAUGCAUCUAGAUUAGCAGAACUAUAUUCAAAAUCGGAGACAGACCCUUCAGCUAUUCAAAAAUUUAGGUCUGAAUUUGACGAACUGGUAGCUUCAGAUUGUGCACUUUGUGGUAAAAUUGCAAUUGAAAGUUGUAACCGACUCUUCUAUUCGAAUGCUGAAGACUAUGAAAAAGAACAGCGAAUCUGGCUUUUUUCUUAA